AUGAAUUUGAUGAAGUAAAAAUGUCAAAAAUUAACAGAAAACAUCUAAUAAAAUGGCAAUGAAAUUAAAUCAGAUUCAUAAUACGAUGCAAAAAAUUUCUUAGCGAUAAUGUGGUAUCGAAAACAAUUUAUGUACAGUUCAAGUGGAUAAGAUGAUUUUGAUGUGCUAGUUUCACCCUCUUUAAUUAUUGCACAAAUUACUUUCCGUUAAACUAACGCGCCGUUCAAUAUGUUUUGUUUGUACGAUUGAUAUGGAGGAACUGUUACAAGAGAUAUUCAAAGAAGCUACUGGACCAAAGUUAAUAGCACUCAAGAAAUCAUGUCAGGAAGCACUGGAAGUACUUUGUAUCCAAGAAAGCAGCGGGCGGAGGGCGUCGCACGAGGUGCGGCGCGUCUGCCUCCUGCCCCUGCGGCUGGCGCUCGAGACCAAACGCCCCCGCCUCGUCGCCUACGCGCUCCAGGGCUUUCAUAAAAUACUUCGCGACGAUCGUUUUCACCGAGGUAUCGAACCCGAAGACGAUUCACUAUGGAUGCCCUCGCAGCUUCUGUGCGCUACAUCUUCGGUUAUGUACCACUCACCAGAUACUCAGGUGCAGAUAUUUCGUAUGUAUCUUUCGUUGGCACUGUCCCCGCGGCGCACUCUGAACGGGCGGCUGUGCGUGUGGGCGUGCGGCCGCUGCGGGGAGGCGGCCGGCGCUGCGCCGCAGGUCGCCGCCGCGGCUCGAGCGGCCGCCGCACAGGCCCUGCGCGCGUAUUGCAUGCAACUUGAUGAAGAAUGCCAAGAGUUGCUCUCCGAAGGUUCUCCAGUUGGCCGGAAUCAUAUCGUGGCAGUAGGCUGCUAUAGUGAAGUGAUUCCUGUCAUACAAUAUCUAUGCAGUCGUCUGUCGGAGACACAAAUGAUCCCAAAGCAGAAUCCAUUAGCGCUGUUCUUCCUGGACUGUCUGCUGACCCUGAUGUCCUGCCUGUCGGAGCGCGUCAGCGGCAACUCGCACUUCACCGCCUUCCUCUGGCAGAAGUUCUGCCCCUCUCUCAUCUCAUUCCUCGGAACGCCCAGAGUCGAUAAGAAUAUAAAAGCUCGGGAGCAUGAUGGCCACUUAGUUGAUGAUUCAGGAAGAGGUUCCGGCGCCUUGGUCUGCGCGCCCAGCUUCAACAGCAAGCAAGCUAAAGCUAUAUACAGCAUAGCAAACCAAUUAGUUCGUUUAGUGGGAUCUAUUAGUACGUUACGUCCGGUACUGGAGGCACUGUACCAUCGCAUGCUGCUGUACCCGCCGGUACCGCACCGCGUGGAGCCGCUCCGCAGCGCGAGGGAACUGCUGCAAAACCCCAAACGACUCGCACACCUCGUACUCAUGAGGAAACCUGAUCAUCCAGAACGAUAUAGCGAUGAUAUGGCUAUUGUCCGAUUAAUAAUGGAUGGGAUAGAAGACUGUGGUCGCAGUGGUAAUCCAGAAGUAGUGGCGGCUGCGGUAGAAUGCGUGGUCUCAUUGCUAGAUGCUCUCGAGAAGCUGUGCUCUGGCGCCAACGAGUACAUAACAUCAGAUGUGGCGACGCUGUUAUUGGAGCAAUGGCCCAAACUGCAAGAUGCAGACUACACUGGGCCAUUGACUUAUCAGACUUUAGCUAGACUGCCUAGCCCUUAUCGGGAUGUUGUUGCAGUAUUGCAAAGUAAUGAAGAAACGCAACAUGAUUCUUCAGAUACAUCUGGACCGGAGAAUAUAAGUUCAGACGAGGGCGAGGCGGACUCUGACGCCGACAACGUGUUCCUGCCGACGCGCGCCAGCCGGCCCUCGCCCUCCAACAACAGCGACCCCUUCACCGACACUAAAGCAGUGCCUAAGACAUUGAACCUCGGCAGAUGCACAAUAACUGAAUGUAACGUGGACCUGGAGAGACACAACGCAAGGCAGUUUGUCAAGACCUUACAGAACUCUCUAUUGCCCAAGAUUAUUAAUUUGAGGACCUGUAUAGAGGUAAGCCAGAAGUUGACAGGAUACGCAGAUAUAUGGGAAAUAUCCUCUUUAUGUGCGUUUCUUCCUCAGUCAAUUAAGGGUAAGCAACGCAUCUACAAUUGCGAAUGUGGCCACUCGCUCGUAUAUCCCCACAUAAUAUAAAAAAGGCGAGGUAAAACUAUAGUUGAGCCUUAAGCAUUUAAUAAAAAAUAUUUCCUUCUACCACAGAAAGUACAAGUCCCAUUAACAGAGGAUGAGUUCGUAGAAGAAGUUCAAGGGAGCGGCGUACUAGUGUAUUUGUCAGCGACGUGGCUGAGAGAACUUUACCAGCAAAUACUCGCAAACGACUUACUGAAGGAUGUCCCCACAACUGACCAUCCUCUCAUACAUUUACUAUCUGACCUGGGCGGGCUGGAGCAGAGCCCGGUGAUGUCGGACUGGCAGCGCCUGAAGGAGGUGUCGCGGCUGUACAGCGGCGCCGACGACACGCCGCAGCACCAGGCCAGCUUGCGUUGGGCCAGAAGGAUCCUGACUUGCAUCUGGGACUCCAUGGUGACAGUACUGAGUGUGCCGCUGACGGGCUACAGGAACAGGAAGGACAAGCUGCAGGGCAUCAUAUCCAAGAAGAUCCACACCUUCGGCAAGAGGAAGAGGAUCGCUUGGGAGGGGCUCACUAUACAAUGCCUAGAAGGACUUCACAAGGCUGCCAGGAUCAGUAACACUCUGAGCUUACAAAACCGCUGCAGCAGUAUUCUAGCACUGUUAGCCAACUCCGCAAUAUCACAACCACCCAACGGCAAGAUCUUGGCAACGCACGCUCUGUCUCUCGAUAUAUUGAUCACAGGAGGUCUGGAGCUGGGCUCGAAAGCGGCCGAGUGCUGGGAGCACAUAUUCGGCGCGUGCCACUACGUGUCCAGCUUGGAGCACGCGCUGUUCGGGCAGCAAGGCAACAACGCCACGCCCAUCGUGACGGUGCAGACCGCGCGCAACAAGACCGUCUGCGUGCUGCAGGCGGACGCCAAGCUCAGCCUCGACCCCAAAGACGAUGAGACCUGUGUGGACGUUUUCAAUUUCUUGCAACCAGUGAUGGAGAAUAAUUAUAACAGCGAUAUGUCUGUGGCUAAAAUUGUUGAGACAUGUCGACAGGAGGGAGGUAACGUAAUAUCGGGCGCGGGCGCAGCGCGCGUGUGCUGCGCGCUCGCUGCGGCCGCGGACACGCUGUUCUCGCGUCUCGCCGCCACCACCACGCUGCCGGCGCUGCGGGCAGCGCUGCAGCGCCUCGUCGCACAUCAACAUCGACUGUUGUUCUCAUCGUGGGAGCAAGACGUGGCCAACAACAACUCGGGGUGGUGGAGGCGCGGAGGUCGCGGGGGCGGGGGCGCGGCGGGCGGCGGGGCGGAGGCGGCGCGCGCGCUGUGCCGCGCCGGCGACGUGGCGCUGCGCUGUCUGCGCGCAGCUCGCCCGCUCGCACACCGCAUGGCCAUAUGGACUGUCGUCGGACCACAUUUCAUGCAGGCGGCCUGUCACAAAGAUAUUCAAAUAUCCAGUCUCGCGAUACAAUGCUUACACGACUGUGCGACGACUCUGCUCAACCAACAAGUUGAACUUCCUCAUUUCCACUUUAACGAGGCCCUGCUCAAGCCUUUUGAAAAUUUACUAUGCCUAGAACUAUGCGAUGAUGAUAUUCAGGAGCAGAUUAUUUCUUGCAUUUGCGAAUUCGUAGAAACUAAUCGCUUGGAAAUCAGGUCGGGAUGGCGCCCACUGUUCAACACAUUACGCGCUGCAAAUAAUUCAAAUCAGUAUUCUGCAAUUUUGGAAAUAUUCAAAGUCUUCCUGAACACAGACAAUACUCUGGUCUUCGCGAAUGCAGCCCUCGAUUGCAUACUUUGCCUUUUAAGUCAUAUAAAAGGUCUACACUUUGAAGAAGUGCAGGCGACAGAAGUUAAAUCGAAGAAAGUAACUACGCCGACGCAGCAGAAACCAAGCUUGAGUCUUAAAUUUUCAAAGAACAGUAAAUUUAUUCCACUCAGUGAAGAAAAAUCUGAAAAAGUCAUCGUGGAUAUGUGCAGAGAAGCACUUCUUCAUUUGGAAAGUUGCGCUGAUAUUCUCACCAUGAUGUACAAUAUGCCAAAGUGUCCAAUUUUUAACACGGGCAAUAGAAUCAAGGGCGAUAUGCCACUUUCUGUCGUCGAUCCUAUCAUACCGAGCGGGUCACUAGAUGUCACCAAAUACAUCACUAACGACAAUUUCGAAGAAGAAUUGAUAUCGUACAGAAAACUAUCAACUAGUUUACACCCAUCAAAUACCACAAACACUUGUUUAUUGAAAUUAGAUAAGCCUAGCAACAUACUAAAAGUGUGGUAUGUCCUUAUUGAAGGAUUGAUAUCAGCGACAGUGGUAUGCUCAAAGAAAAACCAACCAGCUGCUAUGGAGACACUCUUCAAAUUGUUAAAAAAUACCGCAGACGUGCCCGGCACACAUUUUGGCCUGCAUUGUAUCAAUCAUUUGUUGUUGCCCACAGUCCAAAACUGGCUCAGACAAAUUGCCAACGUCAAUACUCAUUGGGACACCAUCAUGCCUAAUUUUAAACAGUGCUGUGGUAUGACAACUGACACUAUUGUUGUAUUUUUACAUCAGUUGCAACAAAUCAAUAUCGAACGGUCCACUACCGAUGAGAAUAACGAAAUCAUUGACAUAGAACCGAUAGAAAAUGCUGAAGUCAGUUUUGCUUUGAAACAGAUAAUGCUAAUCUUGGUAGAGUGUAUAGCGCAGCCUCAAGAACCGAUUGCCAGAUUGGGAGCGUCUUGUAUAAGACACAUAAUAUUAACAUCAGGACAUUUACUGACUGACAAUCAAUGGGAAAUCAUAUGCACUAGUCUUCAUAGAGCUUGCAAUGUAAGUUUGAGCCCUUUAAAGCAGAUAACAUAUGCUUUUAAAGAAAAUUCAAACAGUUUCUAUGGAGAUUUGGCCAUGGUAAAAGUGGCAGCGAGACGCGAUUGUUCUGUCAAUGACAAUGUGAGGUUACAUGCGAUGGCUCAACAAGUAUUUCUGACUGAUCAGUUGAGAGGAGAUAACAAUGUAAAGCCCAACGCUAAAAGCUCGAAUCAAAAUCAAAUGCUGAUCGAUGAUCGUAGUUACAUUUUCCUUAUUUAUCUUCAAGACUCAAUGAAUUCUUUAAAUCCUGAAUUAUACACAGUCAGAAUUCCUUACCGAGGUCUAGUUGUGGGCUUGCUUGCUCAUCAGAUAUUGAUUCAAAUUAUAGCAACAGUCCUCAUACAAGCUUCAUCAGACGUAUUUCAAGGAAUAAAUAACAUAUUGCUAGAAAGCUUAAAAACAGGUUCCAGUGUUUGCAAUUAUAGAUUCUUCUUGAAUAAAGAUAAUACAGAUUUACUUCUGAAAAGUUUGGAGAUGUCUUACGUUCGAGCUAUGCAAUUUGAUUUACGACCUGGAUUAAAAUUUUUAGUUCAGAAAGUAUCUAAUUUGGAUCAUGCUGCUAACCUUUACAAGCAAACUACAUCUUCGUGGCUGAUUAAAAUUAUAGCCCUUACUGAAAUAUUCUUUAGCGGUGUCUAUACUUACAAACUGAUAUCGAAUGAUAUUUCAAUAAUUCUGAAUAAUUACACAUCAUCUCUUAAUUUGACUCUCGAAUACGAUAGAUUUGUAAGAAAAAUAUUUGAUUUAAAAGCAACGUGGGAAUUGCUUUGCAAUAAUUUCAUCAGACACGCAGGUAAUGCGCCAGAAUACGAUGAAAUAGACAGCAUAAGAGACCGUUUGUCCUGUAGUUCGAUAGACAGCGAAUCUUCAUCGAAUAAUUACGAGCAUUACUAUGCUCAAGAAGCAUCUGAUGAUCCUGAACCCUCGGUAAAUAACUCAGAUAAUGAAAACAUCAAUGAUGGGAAUAUAGAAGAGGAUAUUUCUGAUAAGCCAAGGCCUUUUACAUUUGCGGAUUUCAAAGCGAAUACUAACGAAACCACUAAUAAUACGCCAACGAAAAAUCAAAAUAAUGGCUUUGAUGAUCAAGAUACAGGGAAAUCAAAUGACGAUACUCUAGAGAAAAGUGAACAAGUUGACAAAAUUCAAAUAGACAAAACCAGGCGCGAACUUAUCGAAGGGAUAACACAUAGACCUGCCUCCAAUAUUCCAGAAAAUGGACAGAGUCAAGAGAACAAGAAAGUUGGAAGCACAUCUAGUGCUAUUAGCAACCACGCACGAAAAGUCAACAUUACAAUAUGCGAUGGACCAGGCUUUGAAAAGACCAAAUCUACGGAGCCGAUUAUUCCUCCACAGCCCGUGCCUCCGGAAAUCGAGCAACAGAGAACGCUAAGCAUAAAUAAAGACAUGGACGUGAGACGCUCAAGCUUGCAGAGCAUCCUAAUGGCAUACUUGGAACUGGUGCUGACCUUCCCGCUGGAGAGGUUCCAGCUCGUCAGCCCCGUACUCAACGACGGCUUCCUACAACUCGCCAAAACCAUCACCGACCCACAACUUUUGGAUAGAAUUAAUAUAUUUUUCGAUAAAAAAGAUAUAACGGAACUUAGUUAUAAGUAAUCAUUAAAUUGUGAUAAUUCACAUUAAUAUCGUCAAUAUAUUAAUCCUCUCUGUUCAGUGUUAUCUUCAAAUAAAACAAUGCUAUCGA